UAAUAUCGUAGCAAAACAUUCAGUUUACGGAAAAUUCAACAACUUCGAGAAAAUGAAUAAUACUCAGGUUUAUGGUAUCCAGAGCACUGCAGGUGCAAUUCCAGUGAGAAAUCCCAAAGGUGAGAUUUCUAUGCAAAAAGUAAAAGUGCAUCGCUAUGUUUCCGGAAAACGACCAGAAUAUGCCCAGUACGCGAGCAGUGACGAGGAAACGGAUGACGAUGAUUUCAUGGACAAUCGUAAAACAGCGGCAGCAGAGGAGCAUAAUCGCGAAAUGCGUCGCGAGCGUGAACGGGAGGAUGAUGCCCUCCCGGAGGAUGUGGAUGAUCCACGUAUCCGUCGGCUGCAGGCAGUUCGUGCUGCCGAAGCGGAGGAAAUUGAACGGGAAAGGCAUGAACGGCAUCGGGUAAUUCAUGAACCGGAACUGGUUCAAUCAGACGAGGAGAAGGAAGAGGAGGAAGAGACUGCGCUGGUUGAAGAUCCUCGGCAGCAUUUACGUCACCGAAGACGGCCGGAAGAGUCGGAGGAUGAGGAAGAGGCUGACGACGAUGAUGGCGAAGAUAUUGGAUCGAGAAGGCGACGCAUUUCGGUUGGAUCGGAAUCGGAGUCCGAGGCUGAAUUGAGUGAUACCGAAAUUGAACGUCGAAGGCAAAUGCUUAAAAUGAAAAUGCUCCAGCAGAAAAGGGAAGAGGAAGUUCUACAGAAGGAGGACGAUCAUGAAUCCGAUACAACCGAGUCGGAGAGUUCGGAAUAUGAAGAGACAGAAAGUGAGGAGGAAAAUGAGCCCCGGCUGAAGCCGUUAUUCGUUCGGAAGAAGGAUCGCACCACCGUUAUCGAAAAAGAACGAGAAGCUAAUAAGCAGAAGCAAUUGGAGUAUGAGGCUAAGAAAGCUGCCAAGGAUCGUCGUCGCCAGACUUUAAAGUUGGUUGAGGAUAGUAUUAAAAAGGAUAUGGAAAAGAUAAAGGUGGAUAAUGAGCCGAACUUGGCAGAUGUGAAUACGGAUGACGAGAAUGAUGAGGUGGAAUAUGAAGCCUGGAAGUUGCGCGAGUUGAAACGAAUUAAGCGCGAUCGUGAGGAGAAGGAAGCUCUCGACAAGGAAAAGAUUGAAAUCGAACGUUUGCGGAACUUGUCUGAUGAGGAACGCCGCCAGGAGCAGCGACUCAAUCCGAAGAUAAUUACGAACAAAACGGUUAAAGGUAAAUACAAGUUCCUGCAGAAAUAUUACCACCGAGGCGCGUUCUAUUUGGACAACGAGGACCAGGUCUACAAGCAGGACUUCUCGGCGCCCACGCUGGAGGAUCAUUUCGAUAAGACCAUCCUGCCGAAGGUCAUGCAGGUCAAGAACUUUGGACGCUGUGGCCGUACCAAAUAUACGCAUCUGGUGGAUCAGGAUACGACCAAGUUCGAUUCGCCCUGGAUCAACGAUACUGCAAAUAACGUCAAGUUUCACAAUGAACGGGCGGGCGGAAUGCGGCAGGUGUUCGACAAACCAUCGCUGUACAAAAAGAAGCGCGAUAUGUAAUGCUUUGCCAGGGUAUUUCUUGCGUUUUAUUUUAUAAGCAUAUAAAUAUAUAGUCUGUAGUUAUAAGGUUACAAAU